CAUUGCCCUGGGGCUGAUCUCGAAGGGGCUGCACAAGGUCCGAAGCUGUUGGCUGCUUGGGCUUCCGACCGGGCUUACGCCAGUGGGGGCAUUGUGCGCGAGUGAGGCCCUUGGGCCGUCCGCGACGAUUUCUCUUCUUGAUGGUGACGCCGUCUUUUUCCACUAA